AGUUAUUAACCUACAAAUUUUGAUCAAAUCUUCCAAAACUGCACAAAAAAUGGCUAACAACGACAUAACUUCCUCCUCCUCCUCCUCCUCUUCGUUGCCGGUCCGUGAAAUCCCCGGCAGCUACGGGUUACCGUUGUUGGGACCACUAACCGACCGCUUUAACUACUCGUGGUUUCAAGGGCCCGAAAAGUUUUUCAGGAAGCGGAUAGAGAAGAAUAAGAGCACGGUGUUUCGUACAAACGUUCCACCUAGCUUCCCCUUUUUUCUUGCUAAUCCAAACGUUGUCGCGGUUCUUGAUUGCAAAUCAUUUGCUCAUAUGUUCGAUAUGGAACUAGUCGAGAAGAAGAACACCCUUGUUGGCGAUUGGAUGCCUAGCACUAGAUUUACUGGCGAUAGGCGCGUUUGUGCUUAUCUUGAUACAUCUGAACCUCAACAUGAACAGAUCAAGAACUUCGCAAUGGACACACUCAAACAAAGCUCAACCAUUUGGGUCCCAACCCUAACCACCUUACUAGACACAAUGUGGGACACCAUCGAGUCCCAACUCGACUCCGGUCCGGUCAGCUACCUCGUACCCAUUCAAAAAUUCAUCUUUGCCUUCGCAUCUUUAUGCAUAGCAGGUGCGGACCCGGCUAACUCACCAGACAUAGCCGACAAAGGUUACAUCCGUAUGGACCGCUGGCUCGCGGUUCAGCUACUACCCAUUGUCCCAAUAACCGCCUUCCAACCCUUGGUGGAAAUAUUCCUACACUCCUUUCCCUACCCUUACUUCUUAGUGAGUCGUGACUAUAAAAAAUUAUAUGAAUUCGUGGAAAGCGAGGGUAAAGAAGUAAUUUCACGAGCUCAAACCGAGUUCAACCUCAGUAAAGAAGACGCAACCCAUAAUCUCCUUUUCAUCCUCGGGUUCAACGCAUUUGGCGGGUUUUCAAUCCUUUUCCCAUCUUUAUUAUCCGCAUUAGCGGCUGAUGAAACCGGGGUUCAAGAAAAGUUAAGAAAAGAAGUGAGAGAAAAAGCCGGGCCCACGUCAGGUUUAAGCUUGAGAUCCGUUCAAGAAAUGGAUCUGGUUCAGUCUUUUGUUUAUGAGACACUUAGACUGAACCCGCCUGUGCCAUUGCAGUACGGGCGGGCCCGAAAGGACUUUGAGUUGAGUUCUCAUGACUCGGUUUUUAAAAUAAAAAAAGGUGAGUUACUAUGUGGGUACCAGCCUUUGGUGAUGAGAGAUCCUAAGGUGUUUGAUGACCCGGGAACGUUUGUUCCGGACCGGUUUACUGGCGAGAAGGGUAAAGAGUUGUUGAGUUAUUUGUACUGGUCGAACGGGCCGCAAUCUGGGAUGCCAAGUGGGUCGAACAAACAGUGUGCGGCGAAAGACUAUGUUACGCUCACUACUUCGUUGUUUCUUGCACAUAUGUUUUUGAGAUAUGAUUCGGUUACAAUAACUAAUGCUUCGUUUACAGCUGUUGAUAAACCCACACCAUGAGUUAUCAAAGAUCGUUAAGAGGAAGAUUGAGACUAUUAAAAGUUCCUUCCUAUUAGACCAUGUGUAGUGGUUUAGCAAAAUAAUGCCCCCACCAUGGGGCAUUAUUCGACACGUGGCAGUCCAGUCAGCAUGGGGCGUUAUUGCAAAAGUGGCGUAGUGGGAAUAAUGCCCAAAUAAUGCCCCUUCCAAUUAUUAAACAAUUAUUUUUGAGGUUUAAAAAAAAAGGAAACUACAAGUGCCCCAAACCCGUUGGCUAGUCAACAUGGUUGGCCGGAUCUUGAGCGUUGUUUUAAAAACGCUAAACAAAAUUUUUUUUAAAAAUAAUGCCCCAAAACGCCCCAUGUAAUGGGUUGGGGGCGUUUUUAGGCGUUUUUUUUCAAUUUUUUUUUAAAAACCACGCCCCACUACGGGUGG